AUGGACGGAAUGUAUAGGCGAUGCUCUCAGCUGACCGUACGAAGGGGAAAAUAUAAUAAGGGACUCUUCAUCACUGUGACAAAAUUCAUGACAGACUCAUUGGCAGAAAUGACCGAACCAGAAUGUCCUUCCUGGGUGUUUUCUGGCUUCAAACAAGCUAGUCAACCAAUCACAGUAUCGCUCAAUCGGGCAAGACGCUUACGUCCAGCUGGGACGGAUGCGGGCCCUGGUGGUGUGGCUGCCACAGAUCCAUGGGAAAGACAAACUCUGACGCUGAUCUUCCCACCUGAAAUUCCCUACGACAGCCAAUCAUCACGGGCAGUCAGACGUCUGGACUCGGGACUGGGGAACGGGAAUCCUUUCAGGUGUCCAGUGGAUGCUGGUGGUAAACGGUAUCUACCCAGUAGUUCGAAAGACCCAAGGCGUGGUCAUUUCCCCCACCCCCCCCUUAUUUACCUCUCCCUAGUAGUGUUUGCGGAGUACCAUGUCUCCGUGCAUCAUAGCAGCAGCAUAGGACUAGAUGCCAGUAACGCGCUAUUUCAUCUAGAUGCUUAUAUGCAGGUUAGAUGUGGUUGGCUCGGAUUGGGCGAUCUGGGUGUGCUUCAUGACAGUGCUGAUCUAACGGAUAGCCAAGUGGUGAUGCCUGCAUGGUCACCUGCCAGCCUAGAGCGCAAGGGAGCUGACAUGCACAAAGCUCAAGGAAGGUAUGCCUGCUCAUGCAGCGCGGAAAUCUCAUCCCUGCCAGUCAUAGUCGCCAUACCUAACAUGAGGCAUCUGGCUGCAUUUUGA